GCGCGCUUUGGUACCCGGAUGACGCUCGCAGUGGCGUCAGUGCGCAGCUGCAGGCCGGACUGACGGAAACAGGACUGGAGCUGCAGUUCAUGGAAGACCGUCAGAGUAAAACACAAGACAGUGGACGGCAUCAGGAGGAUACUAAAGACAGUAUUAAAGAAUCAAGUUCAUCUGUCCCGUCUCUCACCACCCUUACCUGUACUUCAUCACGUCCUGAUUUUACCCAAACAACCUCCCCCUGUCCUGUCGUCGGGGGUUCAACUAACCCCCCUGAGGGAGGGAACAAUGCAAAGUGGACCACUGUGGCCAACGGACAGCCCCCCUCCGCUGUGUCUCAGCGCUAUAUGCCCCGUGAGGUGCCACCACGCUUCCGAAACCAGCAGGAACCCAAAGUGCUAUUGAAGAGAGGCCAGCCGCCACUGUCCUGCAUGCUGCUGGGAGGUGGACAGGGAGGGGACGUCACGCCCUCCACUAAUGCAAGCACAUCUGAUCCCUCAGAUGCUACUGUUUCUCUGCACUCAUCAUCUGAUGCCUCUGCCACUCCAACUUAUGCAAAUUACUCAUGGGGUCUUGGCCCAGAAGGCCAAUCUUCCGCUCAGGGAAUGGACAAUAUAGACAGUUCUGAUACAGAGAAAUGGCCGAGUCUCAGCAAGAGUGGAAGACUGGAAAGUUCUUGGAGCAGUGAUCAGAGAGCGUCUUCUCCCAUUUGUGAAUAUUCACAAGCCAGUGCAGUGGUGGGUGCAUCCUCACGGUCUGAGAAUAAAGAAUCUAUUAAAGGAGCGGAUCAGUCAUUCAAUUCCAAGGUGCCAUCUUCUGCUGGAGAUCAAGAGGGCUCUCGAGGCCUAAACCCAAACUACAGCCCUCCAUCCUGGGCUGGUCCUGUACAAGAUGACCCUGAAGGAGGACUCUUAACCAACACUGCCUCUGAGGAAUCUCCUCCCACACCCUUGAGUCCAGCUGGUGCGCUGUCCCAGACGCUCAGCAACAACAAAGAGUGUAUUAUGGGUGAUUGGGCGGAGAUUAAAGCUGGACCAAAUGUUGUUGAUAGCAAAGAUGAUGGGGUCAACUUAGAUGCAUGGGAUACAGGUGAAGAGCAGGUGAAGAGGGGGAGUGAUACAGCAGGAGAUAAUAGAACAGUUCGGGAUGAAAGUUCAGUUAGUACCACUGGCAUCUCUAGGGGAGAGAUGGGUGUUACAAAUGAGCAGGCAUCUACAGGAUGGACCUCAGACUCUGUUGGGACAUCAAGAGAGGACCCUUCUGUGUUUGCAGCAAGUUCAGUGACAUCAAGAGAUGACAAUCAGAAAAGCGUUUGGGAUGGCUUAGAGAAAGAAUCAGCUCGAGGGGAAAGUAGUAGGGAUGGGAUGCACAUCCAGAGUCCCUUAACAAGUCAGACCUCCAACCCUGAAGAGGCCUUGCAGACCAUGAUCAAUCGCACUAACCUGGACCCUAAGGUGCUGUGCAACACAGGAUGGGGCAAGACCCAGAUCAAACAGAGUGUUGCCUGGAAUGUAGAGAAUGUUGUCUGUAAUGUAGAGGAAGACACUAGCCGCCAUAAGGAGGGCUGGAAAGGUACAGGUGAUGCCCCUUUUUCUAGCUCCAAAAUGCAAAAGCAGGAGGGAAUGGAGGUUAGCCAUGAUCAACGAUGGGGAGCUGAAGGGCAGAAGUGGGAUGAGAGGACGGUGGUGAAAAGGGAUGGCUGGGGCAUGCAUGGAGAAGUUGGUACUGGUCACAAAGGGGGUGGAUGGGGGGAAGCCCAAGACAAUGACAGUACAUGCAGGAGGGAAGGGGCAGAGUGGGACCAAGGUAGCAGAAGUGAGUGGAGACAGACGACACCUUUACCCGAGGCUGGAGGCUGGAAGGAGACAAGAAGUAGUGACUCCAAUAAUCAGGGUGAGGGGUUAUGGGGCAGCUCUGAAAAGGAGGGGCAUCAGAGUGGUGGCUGGGGAGGUGUCAGCGUCAAGCAACACCAGGGAUGGGGUGAGAAGCAUCUUCCAUCACAAAUACCAAACAAACAAACAGCACUUAAAACCCAAACCCAAAACCAACCGCAGCAGCAAUCACAAACCCAGAAGCAAAUGCCGGGACAUCCAAAGGCCUUGCAGGACAGGGGUCAACCAGGAGGACCAGAGGGUCAAAGUAAAGGGUCUGGAUGGACAUGCGGCCCCAUCCCUGAGAUUUCUUCAGUUGUAGAGUCGAGUGGGUGGGAGGAACCCUCGCCUCAGUCCAUUAGCCGAAAUAUGGAGAUUGAUGAUGGCACAUCUGCAUGGGGCGACCCAUCACGUUACAAAAACAAGAAUGUCAAUCUGUGGGAUAAGAAAAGCUCACAGACCCAACAACAAAGUUGUCAGUCAAGUGUUACACAGUCUUCUGGAAGACAGACUGGAGCUCCGCCUAAGAACCCUGUUUCUGCAACAUGGGGACAUGGGGGCAGUGGUUCACCAGAUCAGUCUGUGGACAAUGGGGCAGCUGCAUGGGGAAAAUCAGUUGAUGCCCCAGCUAGCUGGGGGGAGUCAGAGGAACCAGGGAAAGCUGGAGUAUGGGGAAUCUCACAUUCUCGUCCUACCAAGUCUGGUUCAAAGUCUAUGCAAGAGGGGUGGGCUGACGAAAGCUCAACUGCAUCCCGUCACUCUAGCUGGGAGGAGGAAGAUGGUGGCACUGGCGUCUGGGGCAGCAGAGGAUCUCAAAGCAGCAUGUCCACAUACAACUCUGGAAGCUGGAAUCAGAACCAUGGGGGCAGGCGACAUAGUACUCGGAGCCCAGUUAAAGGUAACAGUGGGGACUCAUGGGCAACUCCUAUGACUCGACAGUUCUCAAACAUGGGCAUAAUGGAUGAAGACUCCAGCAUGAGUCAGGAAAGACAUGACAAGAGAGGAAUAAAUGAUGGAGAAAUGCGCCGAGGUGGCAGGGCUGGAGGAGCGUUCCGUUCACAGAAUUCCAAAGAGAUCACACCUGGGGAUAGUGGGCCAUACCUGGACAAGGCUGGUGGUCAUGCUAUGUUUGGCAGUGGUGGGAUAGCUCAGCAGAGGGGGGUGCAUCAGGCUGGUGUGCACCCUUUAAAUCGUUCCCCUGUGAUGCGGGCACAAGUGCCUCAGUUCCUCCCUCCUCAGGUUGCUGGGCCAAUGCUAAAGCCAAUGGCGCCUCCUAGUGGGGGAAUGUUCCCUCCUCAGCUCUCCCCCCAGCACAUCGCUAUGCUAGGAGGUGUUCAUCCUCACAUGCAGCAGUUCCAACUGGCUUGUCAACUCCUCCUUCAACAACAACAACAGCAACAACAGUUCCUGAAUCAGAGAAAGUUCCCUGCUCCUCCAAGACCGCAGCAUGACCAACAGCAGUUGGCGCGUAUAAUGGCUAUUCUGCAGCAGCAGCAGGGUUUGGGAGGAGGUAAACUCCCCUCGUCCCCCAUGGGAGGACCUAUCUCCAAACACCCGGACACACCUCCUCUCCAUCAUCAGAACAAACAGCCGGAUGCGUCUCUUCAUGCUGCCAUGGGAGGAUCUGAGCUGCACAACAAACCAUCUACUGCGUUCACAGGUUUUGCUGGCGCCUCUGAUCUGGAUUCUCUGAUCGGUUCUUCUGGUGGACUGAAGGAUGGAGGAAGUGUUCAGUCUCGCUUUAAAUGGAUGAUGGAUGGAAGCAGUUUAACACCUUCACCACCAGAGCCCACACUGCACAACGGUCCAGUGAAACUGGGUGGUGGCUCCUCGUACUCUCAGUAUGAUGUGUUGGGUGGAAGCUGGCACAGAUCAUCAGGUGUUAAAGUCGACACAUCACCUGUCAAUCCGACCUGGCCUCCAGAGUUUCAGCCGGGUGUCCCAUGGAAAGGCGUACCGAGUCCUGAACCGGACCCUUACAUGACUCCUGCAGGACUGCUGGGAUCAUCUGUUCUCACAGAUACAGAACAUCAUCUCCUGCAAGAUAACACAGGGUCAAACUCACUCAACACACGUUUGCCUUCACCUGGUGCCUGGCCAUACAGUACCUCAGACCCAACACACACUGUACACGCUUCAGCUAAGUAUUCAGAACUGAAGUCCAGUUGGCCCCCUGAGCCCAUUGGACACGGCAAAUCAUGGAGGACCAAUCGGAACAGUUCUCAUCUGCCCCGCCCUCCUCCAGGCCUCACCAGUCAGAAACAGGCGUGGUCAGGGGAGGGGCCACGGAUGCCCAGGGUGUGGGGGGGAGGAGCAAACAGUCACGAGUUGCCCUUUAAACCCGAGUGGAGUGAUGGCGGAGCAGGAAAAUCUUGGCUGUUACUACGCAACCUCACACCACAGAUUGACGGCUCAACACUGAAGACGAUCUGUUUACAGCACGGUCCGCUGCUGACCUUUCACCUCGGUCUGACACAGGGCAGUGCUCUGAUUCGCUACUGCAGUCCUCAUGAAGCCGCCAAAGCCCAGAGUGCCCUGCAUAUGUGUGUCCUGGGAAACACCACCAUCCUAGCUGAGUUCAUGAGCGAUGAUGAGGUCAUGCGCUACUUCACACAUUCCCAGACCACUGGGGUCACGGGGUCACCCGAGGGCUCGUCCGGCUCUGACCCCACGUCACGAGAGGGCGUAGGUUCAGACGAGGGCGCGGCGGUCAGGAUGGCGAGCGCGGGCUGGCAGGGGUUGGACGUGUCGGGCGGUUCUGGGCCGGAAGGACCCGGACUCGCUCUCCUCAGCCAGUGGAGCAACAGCACAGAGGAGGGGGCGGGGAAAGGAUUCUGGGGGGGCGUGGCUCCCGGUUACCACAGCAGCAACAGCAGCAGCCUGUGGGGCACUUCUCAGUUAGAGGACGGCCCAGCUGGAUUGUUGCCAGGCAACCUGCUCGGAGGCGGGACAGAUAGUUUGUGAUUGACAGUUAUUGAAAUACUGGUACAGUUAAAUCUGCGGUGUUGUUUCUGUGCCACUGGAGUCAAGAAGUGACGGAGAAAAUGAUAAAUGUCUUAUUUUCCCCUAAAUCCAAAAUUUGUAAGCCUAAUUUUAGGAUGUUUUUUUCAAUCGUGAUGUUAAUUCUAUUGAUAAUGUAAGAAUCAGAGUUUGAAGAAACACACAAACACUGAUGUUAUAUGGAGUGAUGCCGUGCUUACACACAUUCUCAUCGCCAGAGUUAAGCUAUCUUGUAUUUGAAUGCAGGGACUGUUACUAAAGGCCUUUCUUUCACCUACCGCUUCACUUCAACAUCCAACAGAUCUUCACAUCGCAUUUCAUUUUCAAUCAAGCAACACUUGAUGCUGGUAGAUUUUUGAGUCUCAUGAAAACAUGUCUGUCUUAUAUUUCACCCCAAAAUCAAAGUUUAAGAAUCAGUUCAUCCUGAUGUUUGUUUCAUUAUUAUACAUCUGUUUGUCUUACUUCAGUAAUGCCAGAAGAUCUUGAUGCUCUCCUGUAACAUUUAACCUUUUUUUGAUGUUGAGGGGAAAUAUAAGCGGUUUGUGAUGCACUGCGACUUUUCUCAUUUAGUAUUUUUGUCUUGUUUUCAGUACAAAUAUCUAAAAAAUCUUAAAUCAAAAUGCAUUUUCUUGAUUAUAAAAAAUUCAAAAAAUAUACAAUUUAAGUUAAUAAAAAAACUCUUAUUUCAAGAAAAAUUUUCUUUCCUCGUUGGCAGAUUUUUUUGCUUAUUUUAUGCACAAAUUUACUUGAAUUGUAUAUUUUUGUCUAAACUAAAGACUUAUUUUGUUAAGUCAAUUUUUAGGUAUUUGUAUUGAAACCAAGACAGAAAUACUAAGUAAGAAAGUUUUUUUUUGCAGUGUGUUUAUAGUUAUGUUCAGUGUUCAAUAACGCUGUGGAUUGAUGUUUGUGUAUUACUGAACACCGGUCUCACAUACGGACCGAUCACUGUUUUCAUUAUCUCUCUGAUUUAACAUUUAUAUCAUUUCAUUUGAUUAUUUAAAUGUCAUUUUUUUUUGGUAAAGCAUAUACAAGUUAUGUUUAAAGACUGAGCGUGUGUCUAUAAUGUAUGUAUGUGUGCACUUUACAGUUUGUUUUGGUGUAUAUUUGUGUGCGGCUGCUUUAGAUUGAUGUUGUUUAUUGUGCACUAUACACUGCUGGUUGUGUUUGGCAUUAGCGGGUUUUGCGUUUCUUUUCUAAGUGAACUCAUGUAGCCUUUUGUAUAACGGCUGAACUGCAAUAAUGAUUCAAUGAGCAUUUAUAAGACACAAACAUGUGACGGCGUUUCUGCCAAAAAAAAAAAAAAAAAAACUUAUCUGCCUGUCCAGAGUUUACAAACAGCUAAAAGACAUUAUACAUGUGUUUCUGUAUUGUUGUUUUUGUUUUAAAUUAAGACUUUAACACUCCUUUCAGUGUUUCAUUUUUUGAGAUUUUACAAAGAAAAAGUGAAGAGCUUAUUUAAAUACGUGAAAUAUGAAGCUGUUAUAAAGAUUGAAGUAUUUCA